ACCUUUGCCUGUUAUCUUGACUAUGAUUGUGGAUAUAUCCUUGAAUAAACAACUGCACUUGGAUGCUCAGCUUUGUGUUCUCAAGUAGUUCAUGACAGAGGACUUCACCCCAAAAUGGAUCCAGCAGUUCGUCUUUUACGCCUUCGUCAAGGACUGUCUGAGCCACUCAAUUCAAGCUACAGCUGAUCUUCCUGAGCUCCAUCAAGUCAUAGCUGAUUUUCCUGAGUCAGAUCAAGUCACAGCUGAACUUCCUGAGCCCAGUCAAGUCAUAGCUGAUUUUCCUGAGUCAAAUCAAGUCACAGCUGAUCUUCCUGAGCCCCGUCAAGUCAUAGCUGGACUUCCUGAGCCAAGUCAAGCUACAGCUGAUCUUCCUGAGCCCCGUCAAGUCAUAGCUGAUCUUCCUGAGUCCCGUCAAGCUACACCUGAUCUUCCUGAGCCCCGUCAAGUCAUAGCUGAUUUUCCUGAGCCCCGUCAAGUCAUAGCUGAUCUUCCUGAGUCCCGUCAAGCUACACCUGAUCUUCCUGAGCUCCAUCAAGUCAUAGCUGAUUUUCCUGAGUCAGAUCAAGUCACAGCUGAACUUCCUGAGCCCAGUCAAGUCAUAGCUGAUUUUCCUGAGUCAAAUCAAGUCACAGCUGAUCUUCCUGAGCCCCGUCAAGUCAUAGCUGGACUUCCUGAGCCAAGUCAAGCUACAGCUGAUCUUCCUGAGCCCCGUCAAGUCAUAGCUGAUCUUCCUGAGUCCCGUCAAGCUACACCUGAUCUUCCUGAGCCCCGUCAAGUCAUAGCUGAUUUUCCUGAGCCCCGUCAAGUCAUAGCUGAUCUUCCUGAGCCAAGUCAAGCUACAGCUGAUGUUCCUGAGCCCCAUCAAGUCUUAGCUGAUUUUCCUGAGUCAGAUCAAGUCACAGCAGCCUGUACUCUACAGCCUGUUCAUUGUCAUAAUAAAGUACAGUCAGCCAAACGUAUAAAAAACCCCUUCCCCUCACUCCACAACAAAUCUUUUAAAUUUAACAGUAGAACAGAACUAAAAAAACAAAACAAGAAUGAAAAUAUAAGCUAAAAAGCCAAAACAACAUUCAUUUGUAUAAAAU